CGCCUAACUCCUGCAAUCUAUUCGAUUGACUACACCAUUACGCCGCAACAUGUCUUCUGACGCUCCCCGCAAGUUUGAAUUCCUCUGUGUCGUUCCUGACAAACCCGGUGCAAAGGCUAAGAGACUUGAGAUUAGACCAAAACACUUGGAAGGUGCUGUUCCCAGAAAAGAAAGUCGUACAUGGAACAUGGGCGGCGCCAUAUUCAACUCGGUUCCCGAAGGCACCGACCCCACCAAGUUUGACUUUGCUGGCAGCGCUGUUGUGGCCGUCGCUGAGACUAAGGAGCAAGUCAUUGAGCAGUUGAAGGAGGACAUCUAUUACAAGGAGGGUGUCUGGGACGUUGACAAUGCGCAAAUCUUCCCCUACUUGAACGCAUUUAGAAACCCAUAAGAUGGUGCGAUAUUAAUCAAUUCAACUGUAAGAAUAAACACUGCCCGACGAUAUAUGUGCUGCUUAAACCAAAAAAAGAGAUACCGUCAGUUCUUCAAUUGCUGCGUGUCUUUCGAUUGACGACUUGUCUGUCAUCAUCGAUUGAUUCUUCAUUGUUUCAAACGUUGCUUGUC